GUCCCGCUCAAUAAUGGGAGCGGUCACAUGGUCUGAUCACAUGACCCUGACGUCACGCAGGUUCCUUCCGAGGACAGGAAGUAGCCGCUACCGGCAGCGAUGGGGCUGAUUUACUGUCUGCUGAGACUGUUACUGCUCCUCAGCGUCACUGGCCGAUGGGCAGAAUCAGCACUGACCUUGGAUGAAACCCACCCAGAAGUCCUUUCCACUCAGUGCUGGAUGGCAGAGGAGUUCAUAAUAUCUAAAGAGUGUUACAGUUGCACAGAGUUUGAAACGAGAAGAAUAACUGAAUGUAGAGACACUGGGUUCAUCCAGCAGAUCAACUGUGCUGUGUCCAAGCGAGCGGAAUAUAAGAGCUGCCGAUCUGUUGAGAUGGAGAAGCAGGUAUUCUGGAAGUUUGUGGGCUGCAUGAUGGGAGUCACGGUGCUCUUUUCCCUUCUUGUGACGUACAGACAGCGGACCCUGGACAUGCGGGCGCUGGAGAAAGUGCGAAAGCAAAUAGAAUCCAUUUAAUCCCCAAUCGGACAGACCCUGUAAUAUAAACAAAGUGGGAAGCUCAGAGUGGGACAUGAGGGAUAUGAUUGUGCCGUCGCCUGACGAUGUUAAUUUCCUCAGCUCUGUCCCCCCCUCGAUUAUAUGACUUUAUACAUUAUAUGCUGCUCAUAGACUAAACCUUUUCCUAUAGUGUUAACUACCAGCACUUCACCAACAGACGGGCGACUGAGUGCACAGCGCAUGGGGUGGUUUGGAAAAAAAGAUGUACAUUUCUGGCUCAUAUUUAUAACGUCCUCUCUCUGGUGACAAUGGAUCCCAGGCCGGAGCUCCUAUUUUAUUUUUUUUUAAUGUGGAAAUAAACAAGUUCAUUGUA